AUGCUUGAUAAUAUGUUCAUUAAUCUGACAUUGGAAAAAAUUGGUGAGUUCCGUCGUGUCAGCAAAGCUUGGGAGCAAAUGACGAAAAGACAAGAAUUUGUUCUUCAAAAACGUGAGAUGAGCUACCCUGCAACUGAAAACAACAUCCUUGUUUUCACUCAAACAAGCCAAGAAGGUCAUCUAUUGCAAGACAAACCAAUCGCCACCAACAUAAAAGUGCAAAUGGAUAACCCAUGCAACCACAUACGAUUGCAAGAAGAGAUGUCGAUGGGUGACGAUGGCAUCCAGAAAAUCAUGCCUAUCACCACAGAUUUGGUCUGUCUGCAAACCAGGUCUCAAAUCAAAAUCUUGAACCCAAAGACAACACAACUUGCAUCAAUUGAAUGGACAUAUGAUGUCCCUCUCAGCAAUUGUGAAACAGCAUUUGGAGGGGAAUGGAAAACACUUUGCAAUGUAUGUGCUCGCCUUGUAUCUGAUGGAACCUGGUUUGAUAGAUUCGUGUACUGGCGUGUAGACAAACUAUCCUCUGAAAUAGCAACACCUCAAGAGUUGCUGGUCGUGUUUGACUACCACCCUCAACAAUUCCAAACCAUAAACAGCCCUCCAUCCACAAUCUUCUUUAACCCCACUGAUCCUUAUCAUAUGAAUCUCCAAGUGAAAAUAUUAGACUUUCAAGGGACUUUGUGUGUAAUAGAUGAGUACCACAUUACUUAG